AUGCGUUUCACUCAGUUAGGAGGCCUCCUGGCUUUUGCAGGAAGUUCCCAGGCCUUCCUACUCCCCCCACCAACCUCUUCCUCAUCCGAUAGCGUCAAUACCCUCCCUUUCGAAGAUAAUAUCGCAACUGACGGCAGGGUAAUGGAACUCAACUGCCCCGGCUGCCCCGUCGUCGUUACCGAUGUUGAGAACAGAGUCCAUUCCACCGAUGCCGAGAGCGUAUUGAAGUUCAACCUCUCCGUAGCCCACGAGGCUAACAAUGGCGCCGACCAACUCCUUCUGAACGGCCUCCCAAUAUACCCCAUCGAUGUCCACUCCCAGGCAUUCAUCACACACCUGACAGCAGACCAGCUGGCCAAGAAUGCCGAUAAUACUUGGUCUUAUGUCGCUACUCCUGCACUAGGUUACCAACUCAGCGUUAAGCAUCCAGUGCAAUCAGAGGAUCAACUUGACUUGGUUGCCAUUCAUAUCGAGAUUGUAGAAGUUGCCAAUAAAUUUAUCCAGGGAAUCCCAAGCGUUGACCUCAAGUUGCUCGAGACCCCGAGUGGAAAGCUCAUGCUCGGAGAUGCAGAAAUCACAACCCCAAAGAGUGUGUCACCCGAGCCUACCGAUGAUAACAAGGAAUGCGCAACUCUUGUGUGUAAAUGGAGAGCAAUCAUCGCUGCGAAGCUUUCCAAGUUGAAGGGCUGUGGCGGCAAGAACAAAAACCGCCCUGCCGAAGUUACAACACCUGCGAAGCACCAUGGCCAUCACGCACGUCCUCAUGGUCGUCCUCAUGGAAUACACCGACCAUUCCGCCACCACCGUCACAGACACUCUCUUAGCCGCUUCCUUGAGACUGUGGCUGUCCACGUUAUGAUUCCCGUGCUCAUUGGUAUCGUUGUCGGUAUCACUGCAAGCAUGGUUGGAAUGAUCGUUGGAAACAUUGUGAUAUUUGUGUGGAGGCUUCUAUUUCGCCGCAACCAAGCACGAUAUGUGAGAGUGGAGCAGAUGGAGAUUGUUGAAGAGAGUGACGAUGAGAACAAGGCUAUCUUGGAGUCUCAGGGCCCACCACCAACUUACACCGCGACAGAAGAGAAGACGGUCGAAUAA